AUGAUAGAAGAGGAAAACACUGAAGAGCCGCCUGCCCUCCCGCCAUGCGAGAUCUACGGAUAUCAUAAGGAAUCUCAGAGGCCGACGGGGGUCGACGAGUCAUGUGCCUUGUGUUUUUAUCACGAUGGCGAGCAAAACCUGGCCGUCGCUGCUGGAAACAUUUUGUCAGUCUAUCGAAUUUCUUCGUCAAAAGACGAAUCUGGAAAUAACGUCGACAGUUUUGAACUUUGUGACGAAUUUGAACUCUGGGGCACUGUUAUCUCAAUGUCCCGGGUGCGCUUCAGCGGCAGCGUCCGGGACUCGUUGCUCCUCUCCAUUGAAGAGUCAAAAUGCGUGAUUGUCGAGUACGAGCCUGAUACAGGUUCGCUAACGACUGUUUCGAUGCAUUACUUCCAGGACGAAGAUCUUCGCCGGGGAUUUCGAAAACUCAACUCGAUCGCACUGGCACGCGUAGAUGGGUUCAAUAGAUGCGCGGCUGUGUUGAUUUAUGGCUCCUAUCUUGCGAUUCUUCCUUUUCGACGAGCUACGGGGAGGGAUAUGUCCGGUCGAACCCAUCAAGCCGUAGCUUCCUUCAUGAUCGACGUACAGAAUUUGCCAGUAAAGGUCGCCUCAGUCAUUGAUUUUCAAUUCCUCGACGGCUACAACGAUCCUACACUGCUGAUUCUCUAUGAAGCGUUGCCGACUUGGACGGGUCGUGUCACCGAAAGACAAGAUACAUGUGGGAUCGUUGCACUUUCGAUUAAUCUGAUCGACCAAACGCACCCCAUCAUUUGGCAAAUGUCGGGCUUGCCCUUCGAUGCAUCAGCGAUCUUUCCCAUUCCGAAACCGCUUGGAGGAUCGCUUCUGUUCGCCACCAACUCGCUUAUCUAUUUGGACCAGUCUGUGCCACCGUACGGUGUCGCUCUCAAUAGCCUCACAUUUGGCUCUACGAACUUUGCUUUGAAGGAGCAGGAUGUUUCCCCGUUGAAUUUGCUCAAUUGCAGAGCGUGUAUGUUAUCCAGCGAUUCUAUAUGCGUCUCCCUCGAAACCGGAGAUGUUUAUGUGAUCACACUGAAGAAGGACUCACUGAAUAAUGUCAGGAGAUUUCACUUGGAUCAGGUCGCCUCAUCUGUCAUUCCUACGACGCUUACAAAAUUAAACGAUAACUUGAUAUUUCUCGGCUCCAGAUUAGGCAACUCUCUGCUGUUACGUUACAAAUGCGACAAUCAAGUUACUUCUAAAAAAUCAUCCCUAUCAGUUGAAAACGGCGAUGCCAAAUCAAAUAAUCAAGAAAAUGGCGGUGAGAACGAAAUGGAAGAAGAAAACCCCCUCGAUUUCGAAAUGGAAAAAGAAGAAAACUCUCCUGAGAAAAAACGAAAACGAACGAGUGAUCCGUCCGGGGAUUGGGAAAAAGUCCACAGCAAUGGCACUGUGCCAAAGCGCAACAAAACAAUCUUCGAGGCCGAAGAAGACGAGCUCGGUGCGAUUGACGGGUACUACGGAGACGAGAUUUUCAACCUUGACGUUAAUUUGUGCUAUGAAUUCGAGACAAUGGAUAAUAUUUCGAAUAUUGGCCCUUGUGGACCAGUAGAGUUGAUCCACACAUCCAACCACAACGAUAGCUACGACCAUGUAGGAAGCGACGCAAGAGAUAGAAACAUCGAUGUUUGCAUUCUCUCAGGCAAGGACAAAACAGGCAGCAUAACAGUCUUGCACAAAUCAGUACGACCAAGUAUAGCAUCAAAUUUUCCCUUCCCAAUGAAUUUCAAUGACAUGUGGACAUUGCGCAGAUCAGAAUCGACAAGACAUAGUCUCUUAGUUAUGACGAAGAAAGACCAGACCAUGGUUUUCACAACGGGCCAGAUCCUCGAAGAAUUGAAAAAGGAGGAGUGCGGCUUGGCAACGAACGCGAAAACGAUAUUUUGCUCAACCAUCGGUAAUGGAAAAUACAUCGUGCAAGUACUCCCACGCGCAGUUGUCCUGGUCGACAUGGACACGCAGGAGACGAUUCAGAACAAACCAUUCGAUCUCAACGGACAGAUUAUCCAAGCAGUAGCCUGUGAUCCUUACUUGGUCAUUCUCGCUUCGAAGGGGACAAUCAUCUCACUUGUUCUGCAUACCAAUUCCGAUGGAAGUGUUAUGAUGAAGACCUCGACUGCGCCUGAGUGUUCGUCGGACGACCCUGGCAAGAAGAUCAUGCACAUCUCGCUAAUGAAAGAUGAUGAAGGCCAUUUCGUGCUUGGUAAAGGGAGUCCCGACAUUAUUCGAAAUCAAGAAGCAAAAGAAAAGAAACUAUCCGAGAAAAAAGAGAAACAGUCUGAGCCUUCGUUAACUCAACAUGGCGAUGACGAGAACAGAGAAGAAUUCCACUUAGAUUUCAAUACAAUUCUCACGGCAGAGGAAGAAGAUGAACUGCUGUACGGGGAUAUAGAGGAGCCAACAGCAGAUUCAGUGUUCUUGAAUGAAACUGCAGAGGGCGAAGAGUUCGAAGAAUUUAUCGACGGCGAUGCUAAGGGCCGACAUUGGUUGUUCCUCACUCGAGCAAACGGAAACCUUGAGAUAUAUUCACUGCCAGAUUGCAUUUUACGUUUCGGAGACCGAAACUUUGCCAAUGCUCCUAAAAUCAUCGAAACUAGCCGUUUUGAGGGCUCUGAUGGACGCCGAUUAGAUGUGAUGGACGUGCAGGAAAUGAACGUCUUCAAAAUGGGACCAUGCGGACUGCCUUACAUAGUUGUGAUGAUUGCGGAUCAGUUGAUGAUUUACCGUUUCCGCGCCACUCCAAUUCGAUUCCAAACGGAAAAUCCGGUCCUGUCUGGUCGAUUUAUCAAAUUCCAAGACAAAACGAAAUUGUUACGUCGGAUUCCAGGUGUCAGCGAUGAAAUUAUCAAGAAACACCGGAACAACAAAAUGAUGCGACAAUUCAAGAAUAUACAAGGACACAAGGGAGUAUUCCUAGGUGGGGCUUAUCCCCACUGGAUCUUCUCCGGACAGGACGGCAGAUUAAACAUUCAUUCUAUGUGGCAGGAGGGAUUUGUAAACGCGUUUACUCCAUUCGACAACGAAUCGUGCCCACACGGAUUCCUCUACUUCCGCCAUUCCACAAAAACACUCACAGUUGCGACUCUUCAGCCGUUUCUCAAGUACGACGCAGACUGGCCCUUCAAAAAAAUCAAGCUCAACUACACGCCGUGCUUUUCAUCGUACGAUCUAGAGCAAAAAGUGUUGACCAUCUGCGGCUGCAGAAAUGAGAAGAUCGAAAUGCUGCCCAAGAUCAAUGCGGAAGGACACAAGGAGUAUGAAGAUAUGCCUGAAGUAGCCAAUGUCGAAACUCAGCUUUUCCCACAGUACUUCGUUGAAAUGUUCAGUCCGUCAACUUGGGAAGUAAUUCCUAAUUCAAGGAUAGAAAUGGACGCUCAUGAGCAUAUUCUGUGUUGUCGCUCGGUCUACCUAAAAUCGGAAGCAUCAAUGAGCGGCAGAAAACAGUACAUAGCAAUCGGAACGAGCAAUGUUUGCGGAGAAGAUUAUCAAAGUAGAGGAAGACUCAUCUUACUAGAAGUAAUCGACGUUGUUCCAGAGCCUGGGAAACCACUUACUCGCUACAAAUACAAAACCGUUUAUGACGAGUCACAGAGAGGACCAGUGUCGGCGGUAGACUCACUCGAUGGUGCCCUUAUCGCCGCCAUAGGACAGAAAGUAUUCAUUCACGCUUUUCAAGAUGACAACUUGCGAGCCACCGGUUUCGUUGAUACACAACUUUACACACAUGCGACGCACUGCUUUAAAAACUACGCACUUGUCGGCGAUAUCCAACAGGGGAUUACGCUUCUGAGGCACCAAGGAGAGCGAAAUUGCAUCAGUUCUAUUUCCCGUGCGCGUAGAGCUGGCGAAGUCAUGGCUGUAGGAAUCUUACUCGACGGAAACCAGGUCGGGCUCGUUUCCACCGAUAUGCAGCGAAAUUUACACGUCUACAUGUACAAGCCAGAUCAAAAAGAGUCGAACGGGGGGAAGCAGCUAAUCCGACAAGCUGACAUCAAUCUUGGAAAAAGAGUCAUGUCCAUGUGGAACUCGCUCGCUCGUCAAAACGAUACUUUCACGAAAGUAGCCCUAACAGAAAACGAUGCCAGACACGUCACUUUUUAUGCCGGUUUGGACGGCUCGUUGGGAGACAUUGUGCCAGUGUCCGAGAAAGUGUUCAGAAGAUUGGAAAUGCUGCAAACGCUCGUUCAGAGCCAUCUGCCUCAUUACGGCGGCCUAAAUCCAAGGGAAUAUAGAUACUGUUCGAAUGAGUUCAGAGACCUGGAGAAUGCGGCAAAGAAUAUCAUUGAUGGAGAUUUAUUAGAGAGAUUCAACGGACUGUCCUUCACAGAACAGACCGAUCUAACAAAGAAAACGGGAAAACCAUCAAUGGCUGUAAAAACCGAGGAGGAAAAGGCGGAAGAUCUUCUCCUCCCUGGUCAUGCGAUCAAAGAUAAAUGGCGAAUCACGAAGAAAAUCGGAGGGGGUGGUUUCGGCGAGAUUUACGCGGCGAAGUUCAUCGAGUCAGAAGAAAACGUGGCAAUCAAAGUUGAAUCUUCUAAGCAAUCGAAACAGGUCUUGAAAAUGGAAGUCGCUGUUCUCAAAGCGCUGCAACACAAGUCCGACCACGUUUGCAAAUUUUAUGGCUGCGGUAGGGACGAGCGCUUCAACUACAUCGUGAUGAGUCUCGUCGGAAAGUCGUUGGCAGAACUAAGAAGGGCGCAGCCUAAAGGAACAUUUUCGCUAUCAACGACUCUUCGCCUUGGACGCCACAUAUUGCAAGCAAUCCGGGACAUUCACGAAGUGGGCUUUCUCCAUCGCGACGUAAAACCGUCAAAUUUCGCAAUGGGCGUUUCUAGCAAAGCCAGACAGGUCUACAUGCUCGACUAUGGUCUCGCUCGUCAGUACGUCGACGCCACGGGAAAAGUUCGUCAGGCGCGAACUGUUGCUGGCUUCCGCGGCACUGUCAGAUAUGCCUCAGUCAAUGCUCACAACAACAGCGAAAUGGGACGCCACGACGAUCUUUGGUCGCUUUUCUACAUGCUGAUUGAGUUUCUCCACGGGCAGCUUCCUUGGCGAAAGAUCAAGGACAAAGAUCAAGUUGGACAGAUCAAACGAACAUUCGACCACGACGACUUGCUGAAGCACGAGCGUGUUCCCGAAGAAUUCGAACCCUUCCUCCGUCAUAUUCAAAAUUUAAAAUACGAUAUGAAGCCGGACUAUGACUUCCUAUUCGCACUGCUGGAGUCAGCGACAAAUAGAAAGGAUGUCCGAGAGUCUGACGCCUACGAUUGGGAAUUAACCACCAAGUCAAACAAUUCAAUCUCUCAGAGCACAAGCCCAAGGGAACGCGAAACAUUCGCCGCUGUCCGCGAUGCGACAGGUCGCGAGGAUGAGCAACGAACAGGGGAAAUCAACGGGGAAGCUAGGGGAAAGAACAACAACAAUCUGCUGGACAAGGAGCGCAAGAAGGAUCGCCAGCGCCACAGGUCAAGAAAGAAUCGAGAUCGCGAAAAGGCCCGAGAAGAUACCAACAGAUUAUUACACACAACGGAUCGUCUAGCCGCGCUGGACAUCAACGACAAUGCGAAACACGCGCGAGACGCGAGCGCUGAUGGCGAUCAUCAGAACGAGCGAGAGCGCGUCCGGCGAUCGAGAAAGACCUCGGCUGACCGCAAGACUGGCCUCCGAUCGCGCUCCAAAGAAAUCGACUCCAAGCGUAACUUGCGCAUACGCGACAAGAGCUACGAUCCAAAGCCGCCAAUCUCCAACAAGCCCCACUCUCGAACAUCCGAUCCAAGGUCACGAAGAUAUCGUGUGUCCAAAACUCUCCGCGUAGGAGUUAACGGUGAAAACACAACGAUUUCUGGCGACGAAGCCCUGCAGCAUUCGCGCGGCACUCGUUUAUGA